AUGUCACACCUACAUCUCCGCCAGGCCAUGGCCUUACCUUCUCGUAUUGCCCAGUACCUCAAGAGACACCAGUUCAACCAGCAGAUGAAGCACAAGUCCGGCAAAAUGAACAAGAAGAGGCGCCAAGACGCUGUCGAUCAGACGGUCCAACCCACAAACCCAAAUCCUCGGAAGCGUUCCAGUGCAGAAAUCACUGAUGCCACUCGCGAUGCCUCCAUUGAUCGGUUCCUUGAUGCCGACGCCGCACCUCCCCAGAAGCGUUCCAGAUGGCCGGUUUUUGAAGAACGCGACGGAUUCCGUCCAUCUCGUCCCCGCAAACGUUCAAGUGACGAAUUUGAGGAAGUGUCCUCCGACGCAUCUAGUGAUCGCUUUAUUGAUGCAGAUGCUCCUCCUCAAAAGCGUCCCAGAUGGCCAGCUGCUGAAGACUGUGGCGACUCCACUUCGCUCCCAGAGAAGCACUCAAGACCACAUGCAGAAGUAGAAGAAAUUCCUGAUGCCAUCGCCCAUGGAGACAUGGACUCAUUCGACUGUGAAGAGCCAGUCUCCCCUGCCAAGCGCUUUAGAUCACUCGCUGAGGAGCUCACUGAUGCCACUAGCCACGAAGACGGUGAAGCUUUCGAUGAUGAAGACGACGAAACUCUUUCCACCGCUCGCUCCACGUCGCUUGCUGAUGCACUUUCCAACGAAAGUUGUGACGACUUUGAUGAACACGAGUAUACUUACUCCACCAGACGCCGCUCGCUUGCUGACGAGAUUGCUGAUGCCACUGCCGAUGAAGAUGGCAACCCCUUUGAGGACCAAGAACUCAUUGACCCAAAUAUCCCCACCUUGCUGAUGGAUUCAUUGGCACCACUAAGACUGAGGCUGGUAAUCCACAUUCUCUCGAGCAUCUCCAUUGUCCUAUGUGAAGAAUCCCUAUCACUCGAUCAUGAAGCCGGCGUAUCCCAAUUUCAAGGAAGAUCCCUCGCAGAUGAGCUCUUUGACGCAACUUCUGACGAAGUGGGUGAUGCCUUCGAAGAAGCAGAGACAGAUGUCCAACUGCGUUUCCACUCACUAGAGGAACAGGUUGCCUAUGGCAUGUCCCACGAAAUCGGUCAAGAACUCCACGAUAUCGACUCCGCUCACCUCAUGCGCCUAGACUCACCAGCCAAGAAACAUGCAGACUCGAUCGCUAGCGAGGAUGAAGACAUAUCCGACACUGAGAGUGAUGCUUCAUUCGUCACCGCUCUCAAGACACUCUCCGACAGCGAGUUUCUCACUGAAGAUGAAAAUACCCCUAUUUGA